AGAAAAACAAGAAUAUGGCUUGGCUAUUACAAAAAAAUAUCCUUUUGAAAUGGACGUAUUUGCAGCUAGAAUUAUCAUCGCCACCAAUUAACAUGACGUCAUCCUCGGAAUUCCGAAAUACGACCGUCUUCGCAAGGCAUCAUGGAUCAGUCGUCCGCUGAGUCCGUUUAGUCUCUCCUAGUGUUGGGAGGUUGGUCCUUUAAUUUUGCUGCAUGUACAUCGGCAUCUCCGAGCAACUGGGCUACCAGCAGUCCUCCCCUGCUGCCUGCCUGCACCAAAGAAACACCGCUUUUGCCUGAGCAACGACGUCAUCCUCCUACAGCUAAGCACGAUUCUGGGUGACCUGGCUUGAGCACGGCAGGAGAGAGCUGUGUCACCUCUACGUUUCUCAGCGUUGCUCCCCCGUCCCUCUCAGGUUGCCCCGAUCGUUAUUUCUUCUCCCUCGUCUUUCCUGAUGAUACCUGGUCUCCCGAACGACCGAAACCCAAGAAUGGUGUCCUGCUCAGUGAUGCUGGCGGUAGUUCUAUUCGGGGUCUUGAUGCUGCAUGUCGCCUCGGCUCAGAACGCUGGGUUUGUGAAGUCACCCAUGUCAGAGACAAAGCUGACCGGGGACACCUUUGAGCUGUACUGCGACGUGACCGGCACCCCCACCCCGGAGAUCCAGUGGUGGUACGCCGAAAUCAACCGGGCCGACUCCUUCAAGCAGCUGUGGGACGGCGCGCGCAAACGGCGCGUCUCCAUCAACACGGCCUACGGCAAUAACGGGGUGAGCGCGCUGGGCGUCACGCGCCUGACGCUGGAGGACUCGGGGACCUACGAGUGCCGGGCCAGCAACGACCCGCGCCGCAACGACCGGCGCCAAAACCCCGCCCUCACCUGGAUCCGAGCGCAGGCCACCAUUUCCGUUCUGCAGAAGCCAAAGAUCGACGCCACUGAGCACUUGGUCCUCCCCACCGACCCCCCGAUCAGCUCAAUCACGCUGCAGUGCAACCUGACCACCACUCCCAGCAAGCACCGCGAGAGCUUCUGGAUGAAAAACGGGGAGGAGAUUCCUGGGUCACGUGGCAGCCUCAAUAACACUGAGUAUAGAAUCAAGAAGCCAAGGGCAGAUGACUCUGGGGAAUACAUGUGUGUGUACACCUUUGAAACUACACCUCCCGCUAACGCCACCAUAGAGGUGAAAGCCGCCCCUGACAUCACCGGUCACAAACGCAGUGAGAAUAAAAACGAAGGCCAGAAUGCCAUGCUGUACUGUAAGUCCGUGGGCUAUCCUCACCCCAUCUGGACCUGGCAUAAACUGGAAAAUGGCAUGGCUAAGGAAAUAGACAACUCAUCCGGGCGCUUCGUGAUCACCAACAAGGACAACUACACAGAGCUGAACAUUCUGAACUUGGACAUCAACUUGGACCCCGGCAACUACCAGUGCAACGCCACCAACAUCAUCGGCGCCUCGUCCACCAAGUCCAUCCUGCGGGUGCGCAGCAUCCUGGCCCCGCUCUGGCCGCUCCUGGGCGUGCUGGCCGAGAUCAUCACCCUGGUGGUCAUCAUCGUGGUGUACGAGAAGCGCAAGAGCCCGGACGAUGUGCCUGAAGAUGACGAACCAGCUGGACCAAUGAAAACAAAUUCUACAAACAACCACAAAGACAAAAACCUGCGCCAGAGGAACACUAACUGAGCACACUUCCUGCACAGUGUUUAAAUGGAUAUCAUGACAAUGUGAAGGUAACGGAGGAAGAAGAGCCGAAAUUCCGAAGGAAACACAUCCGGGAUCAUUCGGAGUCUUAAAGGGCACAUGAAGCACUCUGUAAUGUGACUCUGGUUCAUUCGCUUUUUACCUUCGAUAUGGCCCUGCAUUCAAAUCUGAAAUUGACUCGCAUUUGCUAGAAAAAUAAGCUAAAUGUGAGGGAAAAACUAAACAAAAAACACAUAACGAGGGUCCUUUUGCUUCACCCCAGGAUUUUAAAAUGAGUAUUACCUAAGAAAAUGUUUUAAUUCUUACAAACUGGCUACAUGGUUUCCUCAUGCUAGGUAGCCAGCUUGUCUCCUCUACUCAUAGACCUUAGUAGUUUUGUCCACAGCAUCCGUCUUCAGUUGGUUGGAGAGCAAUAUUUUGUUUUGUUUAGAUUUUUCCCUCACCAUUCACCAUUGAGCUCAAAGUUAGCCGUCCAGUAACACUGUGGGAAUUGCUUCAGCAGCCCCGACAAACCCACCUAGUGCGCCCUAGUACUAGUAGCUACAAAACAAAAGCACAAAAAACUUUAUUUUUCUAGCAAAUACAGAAUUUCAGAUUUUAAUUCAGGGCCAUAACUUGUCAAAAGAUAAAAAGCAAAUGAAGCAGAGACACAUUACCGAGGGCUCAACGUCCUCUUCAACAAAUCAUCGAUAAGAAGAAUACAAAAUGGCUAUUUUAAUCAUGCCUUAUUCAAGUCUUGUGUGGCGACGCAGGAAUAGAGGUGUUCAUUCUUUCCUCCUGUGUGCUAUUGUUGCUUUUUGUUUGUUCCAUAACCACCCCCCCCCCCACCCCACCCUACCUUCAAUCAGCAAGAAUCCUUUAAUUUGUACUGUUACAUAUCGUUAAUGCAUGCAAGAAUAAUUACUGUAUGAUAGACAUGACUGUGUUUUUUUUCUGACUGGUUUGUUUCUUUGAGUGAGACUUCAAUCAAAUUUAUCUUUGUAUUUUAACUUCAGCAAAUCUUUUAAAUCUUCCAAACAAAAAAAAUAUAUUGCUAUAUUCUGAUACAUAUUGAGCUUUGUACAGUUCAGCCAUUCCACAGCACAUCAUUCCGUAUAGUGUUGUUAUAUAUUUUCACAUUUUAUCUCACAAUGUAAAGGCUUCAGAGGCAUUCUGCAGUAUUUAAUCAAUAAUGAAUUCAAUUCAAAUUCAGUUAUUGUACUAUGAACAUAAAAUAGCAAUUACCUGUUUUAAUAUUUUCUAUAGCAACUUGGAUGUCUUGUAAAUGUUGCACUUAAGUGUUAUAAAAUAAAAACCUGUAUAAAUUUCAUUUUAUAAUGCACAUUCCCUGAUUUAGUCAUUUAUAUUGAAAAUAUCUAUUGUACAGCAUGGCUAUUAUCCUAUGCAAUAUUUAUUCAUAUAGAUAUAUUCACACUUUUGAGGCAGGAAUGGUUUGUUUUUCUAUAAUAAAGCUUUACUCAUGUGAGAUCACUUUUACAGACUGGUUCAGAUGUAUUGCUCUGCUGUAGAUGCAUGAGUCUUCUAUAAACUGCGUGUUUGUGUAAUGCAGUGCAGAUGGUUGUAUAUUUGGGUGGAGAGAGCUGACAAGCCACAAUAAAACAUGUGAAACCAAUCAUUUUUGAGAAUAAACAACUUCAAAUUUUAAAAA